CCGGGUGAGUCAGAGGGGUAUAGUGGCGCGCGGCGGACGGCGGUUGGAGCGCUCAGUGAACGUGGGAGGUGUGUAUACCAGACACCGACGGAGCCAGCAGUCAGUCGCGCUCCGGACCGAGCCGAGGGAGGACGUGCGCAGCAGCAGCUACUUCUCAAACAACGCCACGAUUGUGCUGCGGCCGGCUCGCCCUGCGAUGGAAACCUCGCUGUAUGGGGACCAGGACUACUCGGUCUACCACCCGCCCCAGAUGGACGUGCAGCAGCUGAAGAAGCGCAUGACGCUCGACCUGGCCGACGCGCGGCCCGGGAAGCGCCAGCGCACCGACCCGCUGCUCACCUCGCCCGACGUCAAUAUGCUGAAGCUGGCCUCGCCCGAGCUGGAGCGGUUCAUCACGCAGCACGGCCUGGCCACCACGCCGACACCGGGUAACGCGGCGCUGAGCAGCGUGUUCACCAGCAUCGCGCGCCCGCCCACCGAGGAGCAGGAGAACUACGCGCGCGGCUUCGUGGACGCGCUGCACCACCUGAAGCAGCAGGAGCAGCUGGACGCCGGGCAGUACGGCGCCGACGCCUCGCCCGUCUACACCACGCUGGAGUCGAGUCACGGGGCGGCGGCGGCGGCGGCGGUGAGCACGGCGCCGUGCUCGCUGCCCGGCCAGUACUACGGCCUGCCGGCCGGCGUGCAGAUCAAGGAGGAGCCCCAGACGGUGCCGUCCGUGUCGUCGCACGCCUCCAGCAGCCCGCAGCCGCCCAGCCCCGUCGACAUGGCCGAGCAGGAGCGCAUCAAACUCGAGCGCAAGAGGCUGCGCAACCGGAUAGCCGCCACCAAGUGCCGCAAGAGGAAGCUGGAGCGGAUCGCGCGGCUCGAGGAGCGCGUGCGUCAGAUCAAGAGUGAGAACAGCGAGCUGGCGGCGGUGGCCGGCCGGCUGCGCGAGCAGGUGAUGGCGCUGAAGAAGGAGGUGCAGCAGCACACGCAGAACGGCUGCCAGAUCCUGCAGCCGCACUGACGACGUCGCCGCCGCGGACGGAGAGGGCGCCGCCCGCCUCGCCUGUGAUAGGCCGCGAGUGAUUGCCGCGCUGUGAUCGGCUCGUCCCGCGCCAGCCAGCCGUGCCUCCUCUAAGGACGACAGAGACCGCGAACCGCUAGUCAUGUGUGCUGCGUGCCAGACCUGUGCCGCUGUGCGUGCGCCUGUGCGAUCAUCAUUCCAUGCUUGCGUGGCCGGCCGGCCUGCAGCGCCGGCCGUGCCUCUGUAACUGUCGCCGCCUCAUCGAGAAGCUGUUGUCGUUGCCCGUUGGGGAGAGCACGUCCCAGUCCGAGCCGCUCGUCGGUGUCCGCCACACCGUGCCUGGCUGGCAACAGCGGCCGUCCGACCGACCGACGAUGGUUCCUGGAACCCGCGAGUCGGCCGGCCGGCGGCCAACUUCGCCACGGGCCCGGGCCAGCGAGCGGGCGGCCGGCCGACUCUAGUCUUUGUUUUGUGACGACUGGACGGAGCUCGCGGGGAUGUCACCAAAGCAGCGACUGGCCGCUGGAUGAUCGUACAACGCAAUGAUGCCUUAGCUAUUGAUCUAAGAGAGUGAAUUUUGGUGCGUUCAUGUUUGCUUGUUUACCGUCGUAGGUAAGUUAAAGUUUUAUGAUUUUGUCCGGCGUCACGUACGGGCGCUAUCGUCGAGUGUUUUGUUUGAACCGUGAUAUUGAUGUGCCCGAGUUUUGGGGGCGACAUAUGCUUCCACGGUUUUGUAUGUCUUUUGAUGAACAUGUACGAUAUACAGAAAGUUAUAAAUGA